GCGACGAUGACGAAGGCCGUGUUGGCCCCUUCGCGCUCUAACUUUUGCGAACGAGGUGGCAAAACUUAUAGCCAGGCAUCAUUAACGAGUACAUGCCGUGUGUAGUACGGUCAUUUUACCCCUCUGUAAAAUGUGUUCAGGUUGCUUCAUAGCGACGGUGGUGAUGAUUGUUGUCAUCUUUGUUGCCUGCCUUGUGUGGCGUCUGGUCGAUCGUGUCUUGUUCUAGGCAGCCUAUUGGCACAAGAUGGCAGUACUGUCUGCAGGUUCCAUAGCUGACAGGUGUUAUAAGACUUGCUUUUGUUGAAAAUAAUUAGCAGUGACCACCUGUGUAAGCCUAAGCAAUACCCACCACUGCAAACUUGGCCAGUAUCCACCACUGCAAGCUUGGGCAGUACCCAUCACUGCAAGCUUGGGCAGUAUCCACCACUGCAAGCUUGGGAAGUAUCCACCACUGCAAGCUUGGGCAAUACCCACCACUGCAAGCUUGGGCAGUACCCAUCACUGCAAGCUUGGGCAGUACCCAUCACUGCAAGCUUGGGCAGUACCCACCACUGCAAGCUUGGGCAAUACCCACUACUGCAAGCUUGGGCAGUACUCAUCACUGCAAGCUUGGGCAGUACCCAUCACUGCAAGCUUGGGCAGUACCCAUCACUGCAAGCUUGGGCAGUACCCAUCACUGCAAGCUUGGGCAGUACCCAUCAUUGCAUGCAGGCUUAGGCAGUAUCCACCACUGCAAGCUUGGGCAGUACCCACCACAGGCACAGACAUGGGCAAACACUCGGCCAAGAUGGGCACCAUGUCGUCGACAUACUAUGUGGAGCAUGGCUCCAAUAGACACAAAUACCUUGCGUUCCUCUCGUGCAGAAAGCGGCAAAGGAUUGCCCUCUAUCGCUACAGAUGCAUGUGUGGCCAUCGUCACUGUGGCAGUGUGUGCGUACAGAGAGGUGGAGCUGGCGUGAUGGGGGGUGUACUGUCCUCGUUCUUCCAGUCUGGCAGUGCACUCCUGGCGUCCGGCAACCAUCGAACCGUCUCCGAGACCACCAAGAAGAACAUCCGCAUCGUCUUCGACGCGUUGCGAGCCAACCCCAGAGUCACUGUUCAGCGGUUGGAGGGACUCCUCUCAACUAUCCCCAAGCUCCAUGGAAGGCAGGUGAGCUCUUGGUGGGCACCAAACUCCUGGCCUCUUUUGGGAAUCAUCUUCAGAUUGUAUCAAGCCAGCAAGGAUGUUGAGGAGCUGGAGAUUCUCCUCAAGGAGAUGAAAGAAUCCUGCCAGGAUAAUUCAUCCUCCCAGGUGAUGAUGGUUAUUCUGUGGGUCAAUGUGACAGUGUUGUACUACAUAUGGCGAUUCUUCCGUAGCAGGCUUCUCAAGCCACUAACACUUAACAGCACCAGUAACACAGUGGUGAGUUGUGAGCUAGUACCUCCUACCACUGAUGAUGCUGGUACCUCAACACCACUUCCCAACCCCAAUACCCUCCCCAACCCCAUCACCAUCCCCAAACCCAUCACCGUCCCCAAACCCAUCACCGUCCCCAAACCCAUCACCGUCCCCAAACCCAUCACCGUCCCCAACCCUACAGGGUAUGGAGUUUUUGUAGGCAAUGUGCCCGCUUUGUGCAGUUACAGGACUUUUAAAACAGCUUCUGCAGAAUCGGGCGUUUAA